AGACCUUGCCCUUCAACAUGGGCUUAACAGACAAGCAAUUGCAGCCUUUCUUCUUCUUCUUCUUCUUCCUAUCCUCUGCCAUUUUACUUUCACUUUCUUCCCCUGUUCUGCUCGUCCUACUCUGUUCCAUCCUCCUGCUGCUGCUUUUCUUUCUCCAGUGGCGCCACCCCCAGGACAAACGAUUGCCGCCUGGCUCCAUGGGCUGGCCAUAUAUAGGAGAGACCCUCAAGCUCUACGCUCAGGAUCCCAAUUCCUUCUUUUCCAACAGGCAAAAUCGAUACGGGGAUAUAUUUAAGACCCACAUACUGGGAUGCCCCUGCGUGGUAAUCUCGAAGGCGGAAGCGGUGAAGAUGGUGCUAGUGAGUGGAGCUCCUCUGUUUAAGCCGACAUACCCACCGAGCAAAGAGAGAUUGAUAGGACCAGAGGCUCUGUUUUUCCACCAAGGACCUUAUCACUCCCACCUCAAGAAGCUCGUUCAGGCCUCGUUCCUUCCUUCAUCGAUCAGAGAAAUGGUCUCCCAAAUUGAGCAAAUUGCUCUCAACGUUCUACCCAAUUGGCCCAUCACCCCCAUAAUUAACACCUUGAAAGAGAUGAAAAGGUAUGCGCUUGAAGUGGCAAUUAUUUCAGCAUUCGGUGACGGAAGAGACGAGGUGGAAGUGGUGGAGAUUAAAGGUCUGUUUCUGCGACUGGAGAAGGGCUACAAUUCCAUGCCUGUAGAUUUCCCAGGAACACCCUUUCGCAGAGCAACGAAGGCGAGGAAGCAUCUGAAUGAACUAUUGAGGAGACUGAUUGGGAAGAGAAGGGACAAUGGGAAGCAGGGAGGAGGAUUGCUGGGAGCGCUAAUGGGUAGGAGUGACGAACUGAGCGAAUCUCAAAUUGCUGACAAUAUAAUUGGAGUGAUCUUUGCUGCCCACGAUACCACUGCGUCUGCCCUCACUUGGAUUCUCAAGUACCUGCAUGAUGACGAUGGUGAUGUCCUUGAAGCUGUUAGGAAUGAGCAAGACAACAUUCGGCGUAGAAUAGUCGAAGCAAAUCGCGGGCUUACAUGGGAUGACACGAGAAGCAUGCCAUUGACCAAUAGGGUGAUUCAGGAGACAUUAAGAAGAGCAAGCAUCGUGUCAUUCACAUUCAGAGAAGCGGUGGAAGACGUGGAAAUGGAGGGGUAUUUCAUUCCAAGAGGCUGGAAAGUCCUGCCUCUCUUUAGAACCAUUCAUCACUCCCCUGACUUUUUCCCUCAUCCCCAAAACUUUGACCCUUCGAGAUUCCAGGUGACACUGAGACCCAAUACGUACAUGCCAUUUGGGAAAGGAGUGCACUCCUGUCCAGGCAGUGAUCUUGCUAGGCUUGAGAUCCUCAUAUUCCUCCACCAUCUCACCACCUCUUACAGGUGGGAAGUUGAAGGAAACAGUGACGAGGUACAGUACGGCCCUUUUCCAGUUCCCAAACAAGGCCUACCAAUCAAGGUCUUCCCCAUAUCACCCAUCAGGAACUGAGUAUUGAGGAGGAGGCCAGGGUAGCCCAUGAAGCUAGAUCUGCAUCCUUCUGCAUGCAUGCAUGGCAUGCUGCCAUGCACCUAU